UGUUCCCGCCAAAUAUCAUCGAGGCAACAUUCAGGACUUACAAGACACGGCAGAUUACAGAGGUUGUCGAAGCGACGAUGAUGCCGAUGAUGACACAGACCACAGACAUGAUGACGGACUCGAUGACCACGGACAUGAUGAAUACCACGGGGAUGAUGAACUCGACAACGAUGACGGGUCCCAUCACCAUCGUGUAUUCGAGUGGGGGUUAUGAGUACAAGUCCAAUAUCCUGGGCCUGGUCGUGUUCUCCUGCGUGUUUGGUGCUGUACUCGGGCGUCUUGGUGAGAAGGGGGUACCCUUCAAGGCCGUGGUCGAGUCCAUCAUGGAAUGCGUCAUGGUCAUCGUCGGCUAUAUCAUCUGGUUAUCCCCCAUUGGAGUAUUCUUCCUGGUCCUUGGUAAGAUCCUCAGUAUGGAUGAUUGGGCCUUGGUCUUCCAACAAAUCGGGAUGUACUCCGCCACUGUCAUCCUGGGUCUUCUCAUCCAUGGGUUUAUUAUUCUACCGCUCCUCUACCUCAUCUUCACCCGGUCCAACCCCUUCACCUUCCUCAAGGGUGUGGCCCCAGCCAUGGUGACGGCCUUUGCCACCGCAUCAAGCUCGGCCACUCUACCCGUAACCAUCACAAGUCUUGAGAACAAUAAUAAGAUUGAUAAAAGAGUCACUCGUUUCGUACUUCCCAUUGGUGCAACCAUUAACAUGGACGGAACAGCCCUCUACGAAGCCGUGGCAGCCAUCUUCAUUGCCCAGGUCAACGACUACAGCCUCGACGCCGUCGACGUCAUCGUCAUCAGUAUCACAGCUACCCUUGCUAGUGUCGGGGCAGCAGGCGUGCCACAAGCCGGUCUCGUAACCUUAGUAAUCGUCCUCAACGCAGUGGGUCUACCAGCCGAUGACAUCACUCUUAUCCUCGUCAUUGAUUGGUUUCUGGACCGUGUCCGUACCACAGUCAACGUAGAGGGCGACUCGUUCGGUUGCGGCAUAAUUUACAAGUACACCAAACCUGACUUUGACCGCAUCGACCAAGAGAAUAUGGAGAAAGCAUUGACGAACGGUUACCACAACGAGAAGAAAACCCCCAUUGAUAUGCUGGAUGGUAACAUCUCCGGAGACGACACACGCUUGUAAACCGACAUCCCGCCGACAUCGAUUUCGAGUUCAAAGACCAAUUGGUGCAAACCAUUCUACUUUCUACAUUCUACAUUCUAGUUUCGUAGGCCUUCUUUGAAAACGCAAUGCAUUUCAGAAUGCUCUAGUGGGCGGAAAUCCUAGGGGGACAGGGGGACGCGUCCCCCCUACCCCAAAUAGCAGGGGGACACAAUAUCAAAUGUCCCCCUACUAUUUUUAGUCUUUUAUGAUGGAAAGAAUUACAUCAUUCAAAAUCGAAAUAAAACAUGCAUUUUUUUUGCUUGUCAAAUUUAUUUUGGUCGAAAUGACCUUACAUUGGGGUAUUAACCUUUUUUUUCCAGCCCUUGGUCCCUCUACCUUUGGGGAGAGAUUUCCGCCCUUGGCUCUCAUACGAAAGCAAAAGCAUUCUACUAUUUGAUUUUAACUUCUAAGGCAAUAUCACUUCUCAUCUUUCGACAGGUAACGAAUGGAGCUCAAAUUUUUGUUGUUACGUAAUGACCACUUUCAGUUGCUCAAUAGGAAAUUAGAAUACGAGGCCUUUGAAAACACGAGAACCGCACAAAAUGUUACUGUUUUCAUAAUUUAGACAUAAAUUUCAAAGUAAUGUCUAAAUCUUCGAGAAGCAAAUGUAGUCUACGCAAUAUCGAAUCUAAAAAUGUUUACUCAGAAUUUUCCUGUAUUAUAAUUUUUUGAAGCAUAUUGUAUUUCUUUAUUUUUUCACGGUUAAUCGUAUAAAGUUUUGCUGUGCUUUGUUUUAUUAUAAUCGCAUAAUGUAAUUUGAUAUUACCUACAAAUUGAUAUCAAGCAUUUUAUGCAUUAUUUUUCUGUUACCCAGUGACCACCCCUCUCUCCCCUCUCUUUCUCCCUCUCUCUUUCUCUUCCAAACAUGAGUGCAUUUUUCCAAAGAGAGCAUUACGCACAUGAUAAAAUCCAGAACUUUAUUUCAUUUAAAUACUGAAUUACUUUAUCGCCUGUAAUGCUUUAACUUUUCAUGCUUUUCAACAGGUUAAUUACUAAAAAAAUUGAAUCUUCUUUUGUGAACCAUGGUCACCUACAUCCUUUUUAUCGUUUAUGUCUUUCAUUUUUGUUUCAUAUUGUAUAUAUAUAUUAUACUAUAACGAUGAGUAUAUUUGUAUAUUUUAGUACUUUCGUAUAGUUUUAUCGCAGCUUGCUAUAUACAUAUUUCGCAAUUUACUCCAAAUCUCUAUGUAGGGUUGUUUUUCAGCCUAAAAGGGAUGGUCCAGGCUGAAAGUAUUCAUAGCUUAAUAAAUAGAGUAGAAUUCACUGAGCAAAAUGCUGAAAAUUUCAUCGAAAUCGGAUAACAAAUAACAAAGUUAUUGAAUUUUAAAGUUUAGCAAUAUUUUGUGAAAACAGUCGUCAUGAAUAUUCAUUACGUGGGUUGAUGAUGUCACAUCUCCACUUAUUAUUUUGUAUUUUAUUAUAUGAAAUUAGGUUUAUUCAAUUUUUUUCCUCCAAGAACUAGAAAAAUUGGAUUGACAACUGAUUUAGUGCAUUAGAUAUUUAUUGCUGCAACUUAUUUCAUUAUAAGGGAGAUAUAUUAUUCACACAAGUAUGAAUUAAUGAAAAAAUAUGAUUUUAUGUAAUAACAUAAGAAAACAGAAAGUGGAGAUGUGACAUCAUCAGCCCACCUAAUGAAUAUUCAUGACGACUGUUUUCACAAUAUAUUGCUAAACUUUAAACUUCAAUAACUUUAUUAUUUGUUAUCCGAUUUUGAUGAAAUUUUUUGGCAUUUUGCUCAGUGAAUUCUACUCUAUGUAUUAAGAUAUAAAUAUUUUCAGCCCGGACCAUCCCUUUAAUAGCACAACUCAAAAUGCUACUCUGGUGAAAAAUCCCCCCCCCCCAAAAAAAAAAAAGUAAUCUGAGGUUAAUUUACACUUUGAAAUAUCCCACAAUUUUAACAUGAUGCUGCUGCAAUAUUGUGAACUCUUAUUUCUGUUAUUACCAGAUUAAGAAUUCUUACCAAAAAAAUUUGACACCGAGAUCAAUAAGGUGUCAAAAUAAUAUCUAAAUGUCGCCCUCAUUUUCAUUUAGAUUUUGUUACGUAUGUAAUCGAACUAUUUACAAGUCUGCUAUAUGCUUGGCAACCAAGACAUCUGAAAAAUUCGUGCACUUCCUCAUUGGUAAAACCUAAAACACAUAAAGGAGUAUAUUUUUGGCAGGGGCGGACCCGGACCCGCAAGGGGAGAGGUAAAUGCCCCUAUGAUCUAAAAAUCAUAGGAAAGGGAGCGAUAGAGAUUGAAAAGGAAAGGCAAAAUAUAGGUUUAGAUAUUUCAAUACCACUUUGUAUGAUAAAAUUGACCGUAUUGCCCCUUAAUCAAAAUAUCUUGGGACUGCCCCUUUUUUCGGGGGGGGGGGUUGGAGGGGGUUUUGUCAUUUCAAUCUGUAAUUUCCUGGUUCUCUCUUCUCUUGGCAAUACUCCUGUGCACAAGACUUGUAAACAGAUUUUGAAUGAUCAUUGAAUAAAAAAUUACUAAGGUCAUCUCGGGAAUGUGACGUCAAAAAUCAUAGUUCUUGUAAGCUUUGUACAUAUUAAAACCUUUGUAAUAUGUUUAUACGUUUUUUUUCUAUCCAAUUAAUGUAAUUAAUUAUCAUGAUUGCUAUCCUAUGAUAUUACCCUCUCUAUUGAUUUGUAAGCCUUUGUGCAGGAUUAUGUUUUAAAGUUUAAGAGGGUUCAUACUGAAUAUUAAUUAUGUUAUUAUAAUUACUCUACUGUAUAAUGAGCUUAGAAAGUAUUAAGCGUUAUUAUAAAUGGAACGAUUAUUUUCAUUAUUAAGUAUGGAUAAUUUUAAAUGUCUGUAU